AGAAGAGGGAGAGACUCUCCACAUCUACACCAAAAUAAGCGAGAACCGAUUUACGGGUACAGGAGAAGAGACAAAUUGGAGGGUAAAAACUCCAUUCAUCAGCUUCUGAAGGUUUUAGGGUUUUCGCAGCAGCAAAUUCUCGGUUUCUUUCUCUCCAUUGAAGGCGGUUUCAUUGUUCUCUCAUUUUAUAGUGUAUCUGUAGUUACUACUCUCGAGCUCGUUCGUCAUCAUUCAUGGCGGAGGUCAUGAAUAUGCCCGUCGAAUCCUUGGAUCGCCGCCGGGACCGGCAGUCUGAGAGGAAAGAGAAAUCCGACGACGGACCACCUCUGCCACCACCGCCACCAGCACAGCCGAGGAGACGAGACCGAGAUUCAAGGGAGAGAAGAGAUGACCGUGACAUCGAUCGUCGCCGUAGCGAUUAUCAUGACCGCAACAGGUCUCCUCCGCCGAAGGAUAGAGACAGGGAUUACAAGCGUCGCAGUAGCAAUAGCCCUCCACCAUACCGUGACCGUCGCCAUUCGCCUCCUCGAAGGUCUCCUCCGCCACCGUCUUUCAAGCGUUUGAGGAGAGAUGAUGGUUAUGAUGGACGCCGUGGAAGCCCUAGAGGCGUUGCUUUUGGACCGGACGAUAGAAGGUUUGGGUAUGAUUAUGCGAGUGGAUAUGAACGUGGAGGGGGCAGACCUGGCUAUGCUGAUGAGAGGCCUCGUGGUCGAUAUAUGAAUCGAUCAUCUGGUGACUAUCAAGGUGGGCCCUCUGAUUGGGAUUCUGGUCGUGGUGGUUAUGCUGAUGCUUCAAACUCAGGGAGUAUACAAAGGGAAGGCUUGAUGUCAUAUAAACAAUUCAUUCAAGAGCUUGAAGAUGAUAUACUUCCAGCUGAAGCUGAGCGCCGGUAUCAAGAGUACAAAUCGGAGUAUAUUUCAACCCAAAAACGUGCUUACUUUGAUGCUCAUAAGGAUGAGGAUUGGCUGAGAGACAAGUACCAUCCAACAAAUUUAAUAUCAGUCAUAGAAAGGAGGAAUGAAAAUGCUCGGAGAAUCAUGAAGGACUUCUUGUUAGAUUUGCAGAGUGGAACAUUGGACCUAGGUCCAGUUAUCAAUGUUGCAUCAUCCAAUAAAUCAGGACAAGCAAGUGAUCCUAACUCUGAGGAUGAAGCAGAUGCUGGUGGCAAACGAAGACGACAUGGCAGGGGGCCAGCUAAAGAAAAUGAUCUUUUAGCUGCUCCAAAAGCUCACCCAGUAAGCUCUGAACCUAGACGAAUUCAAGCUGAUAUUGAACAGGGAUUGGCUCUUGUACGUAAACUUGACAGAGAAAAAGGGAUUGAGGAAAAUAUUUUAUGCACAGCUGACAAUGACAAGAUGGACGGGGAAAAAUCUCAUGGUGGAUCUAUGGGCCCAAUUAUAAUUAUUAGGGGUUUAACUUCUGUCAAGGGCCUUGAGGGGAUUGAGCUUUUGGAUACACUCCUUACUUAUCUCUGGCGUAUUCAUGGUUUGGAUUACUAUGGCAUGACUGAGACAAAUGAAGCUAAAGGUCUUCGGCAUGUGAGAGCUGAAGGCAAGAGCCAGGAUGAAACAAGUGCCACUGGGGCUGAGUGGGAGAAUAAACUUGACUCAUUUUGGCAAGGAAGGUUGCAGGGUCAGGAUCCACUGGAAAUAAUGACAGCCAAGGAGAAGAUAGAUGCAGCUGCUGUGGAAGCUUUCGAUCCAUAUGUAAGGAAAAUAAGGGAUGAGAAGUAUGGGUGGAAGUAUGGCUGCGGCGCAAAAGGUUGCACAAAGCUUUUCCAUGCUGCAGAGUUUGUGCAUAAGCAUCUGAAACUGAAACACCCAGAACUUUUGAUGGAAGUGACUGCAAAAGUGCGUGAAGAUCUGUAUUUUCAGAAUUACAUGAACGAUGUAGAUGCACCUGGUGGACAGCCUGUCAUGCAGCAAUCUCAGUUGAAGGAGAAGUUGCCGCUGCGUAGGGCUGGUUUAGAGAAUAGAUUGAGGGCCGGUUUAGAGAACCGAUUGAGGGAUGAUCGUGGAAACCGUAGAGAGCAUGACAGGGCUGAUAGAGCUGAUGGUGAUGAAAGAUAUGAUAGGGCUGAGAAUUCGCCAUCCUGUGAUUUCCAGUCCAAUUCUGGUGGCCUGGAAGGGGGACCUGAUGAACCAAUGUAUGAUGUUUAUGGUGGACAAGGCAUGCGAGCUGCUCCUCCUUUUCCUUCGGAUAUACCUCAUCCACCACCAGUAUUGAUGCCUGUACCUGGUGCUGGCCCAUUGGGACCUUUUGUUCCUGCACCACCUGAAGUUGCAAUGCAGAUGUUGAGGGAGCAAGGUGGACCUUCUCCUUAUGAAGGUGGUGGUAGGAAGGGGCGAUCUGGUCCACAGGUAGGUGGGCCAGGUCCCAUUAUUGCUAUGUCUCCUUCUUUCAGGCAGGACCCUCGUCGCAUUCGGAGUUACCAGGAUCUUGACGCCCCUGAAGACGAAGUCACAGUGAUAGACUACCGGAGUUUGUAGGUGUUAUCUUUUUCAAUUUUGUGAUUAUUCUUGAGUUGACAUUCGGGACUUUCAACAAGUGGGAAAGGCAACGGUUCCUCAUCAGGUCUCUUCUGCCAGUGACUCCACUCCAGGUCUGCAAGUGAUGGCUAUGAUGAAACCACAAUAACUGUUAUGGAAGCCUUUCUCCUCUCUUUUACUAUAGUUAAAAGGAAGUAAACUACUUACUCCAUUGUUUCACACAAUCUGCUUUGCGCUCUUGAUUGGGUAUCCGGAAUGGUUAACUCACCUGGCCACUGGUAUUGGAAAGUGUCAUGGUUCUGAGAACUUGAUGCUAAUGGUUUUGCCCUCCCUAUCUGCACUCUGGCAUUUGAAGCCAGAAUUCCUAUUUAACAUUUACCCCUUGCUACUGUCAUUGAAAUGCUCAUCAGUCUAGUGAAAGUUGUGCUUAAUAAGAUCUUGGUGCGGCUUUACUGAUCUAUCUUGGCACAGGCAGAAAGUAAACUUGCAUCUAUUCCAAUUGGUGGGUCAUUAACUGAUUUGGUUGACAGUAAAGCUUUCUUAUGCUUUAUAUUCUUUCCAGGUGAAUAUCAUGUAGAAGAAAAACUUACCAGUAAAAUCAGUAUAGAACGCUUGAAUAUAAUUCAUUUAACUGCUUUUUUUUUUUCUUCUUA